CAGACAGUGGACGUCCACAACUUCACCAUCGUUUUCGGCUGCUAAAGGUGACAGGGCAUCAGGAACCAGUGAUUCUUUCCAUGGAAAGAGGCAGCUGAUGACGCCCAACGCAAGGCGACAACAAAGAAGCCGGAAGCAACUGCAUCUGGAUGACACACACAAUGACACAACCUACUACAGGAGAUAUGCCUGGUGCUCUACUACAGGGCAACACACGUCCCGGGAGCCGGCUCCGGGGCCGGCAGGGCGGCGUGGCUGGGGAUGCUGGUGGCGGAGCUGUGGUUUGGCUUCUACUGGGUCAUCACGCAGUCUGUGCAGUGGUGCCCCGUCCGAUGACGAACCUUCAAGGACAGGACUCGUCGCCAGAUUUGGAGAACAGUUACCUUGUGUGGACAUCUUCGUAUGCACUGCAGAUCCACAAACAGAGCCACCAAGUCUCGUCAUCUCCACGGUCCUAUCAGUCAUGGCGUAUAAUUACCCAGCUGAGAAAUUAAGCAUGUAUCUCUCAGAUGAUGGAUGCUCGAUUCUCACUUUCUAUGCUCUAUGGGAGGCUUCCGUGUUCGCAGAGCAUUGGCUACCAUUCUGCAAGAGAUGUAACAUUGAGCCUAGGUCACCAGCUGCUUACUUCUCAGAGUCAGAUAAUUCUAACGAUUUGUACAUCUCAAAAGAAUGUUCAUUCAUCAAGGUAAUAAGCAGUGCACCAGUUGAGAUAGCGAUACAGGCAUACAGCACGUAAGGGCAUGUCACAUGUGGCCUAUUAUUCAAAUUAAAUAUUUGAUUGACAUGGUAA